CCUAAAAUCUGUUACACUGUCACAACCGCCCACCUCUCUCUCCCUCCUCCCUCCACCUCUCUCUCUCUCUCUCUCUAGAGAGUAGAGAUACAUAUAGUUAUCUACAGCAGCACUUUUACAUUAGUAAAACAACAAAUAUCCGUUUGUAGAGAGAGCUUCUCGGCAUCUUCAGAUCCUGUUCGAUCGUGUUUAUCAUCGAUCAAGAGACUUUGGAGAAAUCGAUGGAUCGAUACAGAAGUUUGGAAUUCAUUUGAGGAGUUUUUUUUCGAUCAUCUGAAGUUUUUUUCGACCAUCUGAAUGUGUUUUCAUCAUUGACUUCGAGUACAAGAGAAAGAGAAAUGUGUUUAUUGAUUCGUAUCUUUGACUCGAUGAUCUGCAGUAAUUCGGAGCUCUUGUCCGAUCAUCUACGAUCCGACUCGUUUGUUACGUGAUUCUGUUAGGAAGGAGGGAGAGAGAGAGAGGGAGGAGCGAAGCGUGCGGGUGAAAUUUCUCGUCCACGUGAAUUACCGGUGGUGAAAAUGCCGCACAGGACGACUUACAUUUUCCCGAGGCAGUUUCCGGACCGCGGAUUCGACGCGUCGUCGAUAACGCCGUUCGAAGCUCAAGAGAAUCAAAUCAGAGGCAACUUCAACGGCGAUGAAAGCGACUGGAAAGCAACAAAAAUCUCAAGGGAGGCAACAAGGGGCGGGAAAAGUAACGGUUUCACGGGUGAUAGGAUCCACGGAAAGCAACUGGCUGCUUUCGUCAACUGGUUGGCGGAUAGAAAGGGAGAGAGAAGGUCGGGUCACGUGAAGGUACGGUUGGAUGACGGCGACUGCGAUCACGAGCUCUUGCUUCAGCCGGAGCCACCGGAAUCCGUUGUCGCCGUUGAAUCCCUGGGGUUUGACUUGGAACAGACGGGGUCGUUUCAGAGGUUGUCGAGUGGGACCGGCGGUUAUAACGGCGAUAAAGAGCGGCAAGCGUCGUCGUCGCAGGGGCUUUCAGGUGAGGAUGGUUUGAGAGGGCGGCGGUUCGAGCUGCAAACGUCGUCGGUUCAGGGGCUUUCGACUGGGAGUAGUAGUAGUUAUUGUGGGACGGCGAAAGAGCGGCGGUUUGAGCUGCAAACGUCGCCGUUUCAGGGGCUUUCGGGCGGGCGUGGUGGUUAUCGUGGGCCGGCGAAAGAGCGGCGGUUGGAGCGGCAAGCGUCGUCAUUGCAGGGGUUGUUGUCGAGUGGGAGUAGUUACGGAGGGAGUUUGUUUUCGGGCACGACGGCGGAGGGGGAUUCGUCGAGCGGUGUUAAGGACUCGAGGACGACGAGAGGGGAGGAGGAGGAGGAGGAGAGGGUGGUGGCGGAGGAGGGGAGAAGAGAGAGUUUGGCGGAGAGAAAGAUGGAGAGCUAUUAUUUGCAGCUCACACUGGCUAAGCGUCUCAGAGAGCAGUUUUCUCUGGCUAGUGAGCCGCUGUUUUUGGAAGACUAUAGGGUGGAGGGAUUGGGUGGGUGUCAGUCUGCUGAUGUUGAAACUGUUUCGUACAGACUCUGGGUUAAUGGAUGCUUGUCUUAUGCUGAUAAGAUCUCAGAUGGAUUCUAUAACAUUCUUGGUAUGAAUCCAUAUCUGUGGGUGAUGUGCAAUGACUCGGAGGAAGGUAGACGGCUACCAUCUUUAAUGGCACUUAAAGCUAUUGAACCCAAUGAUUCAUCAAUGGAGGUUGUUCUUGUGGAUAGAUAUGGGGAUACACGACUUAUGGAGCUAGAAAAUAAGGCACAAGAACUGUAUUUUGCUUCUGAAAGUACGUUGGUGUUAGUGGAAAAGCUUGGAAAACUUGUUGCGAUCUAUAUGGGGGGCAAUUUUCCGGUGGAGCAAGGUGAUUUGCACAUUCGCUGGAAAUUGGUUAGCCAGAGACUAAAAGAUAUCCAAAAAUGCAUUGUGCUCCCUAUUGGCAACGUUUCUGCAGGACUCUGUAGGCAUCGUGCUAUUCUUUUCAAGAAAUUGGCUGACUACAUUGGCCUUCCAUGCCGGAUUGCUAAAGGUUGCAAGUACUGUGACGCAGAUCAUCAGUCUUCCUGUCUUGUCAUAAUCGAGGAUGACAGGAACUUUGCAAGGGAGUAUGUAGUUGAUCUAAUUGGCAAACCAGGAAACAUCCAUGGUCCAGAUUCCUCCAUCAAUGGAGGUUUACUUUCUUCAGUGCCUUCACCACUUCAGAUUUCUCAUCUAAAAGAAUUUCAGCAGCCUUACAUGGAUAAUUCAACUGAGAGCCAAAUCCUAAACAAAAAUCAUGCAUGUGGCCCUCCUGAAAAUCCCCUAAAUUCAGGCAGCGAGGAUGGUCAUCCAAUGGAAGAUAUUGGCUUAUUUCAUAAUGAUAAGGCCAUGUAUAAAGCUAGUGAUCAAGUUUGUGGAGGAAGUGAAUCUAGAGAUGAAUAUUCUAGACCUGGCGGAGAGAAAGUAAUCGUACACCGCACUUGGAGGAAAGAGAUUGUCGUAGCCGGAACUCCACUUAAGAGCAUUGGUAUCAGACAACCCUUGUUACCUGCUCAAUCAGAUCUCAUAGAAGUCAAGACUGAAGUUGAGAAUCAAGGCAUAUUUCAUACAGUUACAAUACCAAGAUACUUGAACCUUGAGCCUUCUCUUGCGAUGGAUUGGCUUGAGAUCUCGUGGGAUGAACUACACAUCAAGGAGCGUAUUGGCGCUGGUUCUUUUGGGACAGUGCAUCGCGCUGAAUGGCAUGGCUCGGAUGUUGCAGUUAAGGUUCUAACAGUCCAGGAUUUUCGUGAUGAUCAGUUGAAGGAGUUUUUGAGGGAGGUUGCGAUAAUGAAGCGUAUCCGGCACCCUAAUGUGGUUCUCUUCAUGGGAGCAGUUACACAACGCCCUCAUUUUUCAAUAGUGACAGAAUAUCUUCCGAGGGGUAGUCUCUUCCGCCUCAUUCAUAGGCCAGAUGCUGGGGAAAUUAUGGACCAAAGAAGGCGGUUGCGUAUGGCUUUGGAUGUGGCCAAGGGACUUAACUAUCUUCACAAUCUUAGCCCUCCUAUAGUUCAUUGGGAUCUUAAAACACCAAAUUUGCUGGUCGAUAAAAAUUGGACUGUCAAGGUAUGUGAUUUCGGGUUGUCCAGAUUCAAAGCAAACACUUUCAUAUCGUCAAAAUCAGUUGCGGGAACGCCUGAGUGGAUGGCCCCCGAAUUACUUCGAGGAGAGCCGUCGAAUGAAAAGUCCGACGUCUACAGUUUUGGUGUGAUUUUAUGGGAGCUCGUGACCAUGCAACAACCAUGGAGCGGACUUGGUCCAGCACAGGUUGUUGGGGCAGUUGCUUUCCAGAACAGAAGGCUUGCGAUCCCACAGAAUACAUCCCCAAUAUUGGCUUCCCUCAUGGAAUCUUGCUGGGCAGGUGAGCCUGCAGAGCGCCCAUCGUUUGCAAGUAUAGUCGAAACGCUAAAGAAGUUACUAAAGUCUCCGCUGCAGCUAAUGCAGAUGGGAAUUCCAUAAAGAUGCAGAUGGGAGUUCCAUAAAAAAGCAUUCCUUAUUCUCUAUUGCAGAGUGCGUCGUUUGCUAGUAUAGUCAAAAUGCUCAAGAAGUUACUAUAGUCUCCACUGCAGCUAAUGCAGCUGGGAGUUCCAUAAAAAGGUAUUCCUAAUGCUCUACCGCGGCGUAUCUCAUAACCCUCGGAGGAUUAUGGAGGUCUAAUCACCCAUACCUACCGAUGUUAUGAUUCAUGGUAACUUUUCUAACCCAUUUUCUGGCCAUUAAAGUUGAAGCCAGCAAAUGUAAAUGCAGAUAAGUUAUAUCUGUGUUUUGGUUUUGUAGGUUUUUUUUAUUUAUCUGUGGGUAAGUGAUCUCUUUGAUAAGCUCAUUUCUCAAGGGCAAAAGUCCGAAUUGUUUUCGAUAUUGACACCGUAGCUUCUUGUGAAUGCUACUUAUUAGUCAUCCAACGUUGUAAUAAUGGGAUGAAACUCCUAAGAAUUUUAGGAAGUUGGGAAGACUUCCUAUUUAUGCAGAUGAAUUAGAUUAGGGAGAAAGCUACGGUACACAAGGUAUACCGUAGGUCUAAAUUAUGACAAUUUGUGAUUUUCAUUAUGCCGAUUUUUGGUUUUUUAAUGCAUAUUUAUGAUUCUAGUUU